CUUCUCAAGGCAUGUUUUUUGUCAUUGUAAAAGUGAAAAUAAAAUAUCUUGUACUGGCAAUGAAUCAUUUAUAGUCACAACACACAUGUGGUCGCAUUAAGUUAUAUCUUCAGAUUUGAACAGCACUUUUCAAACCACUAACAAACACACAGACUUUGGAUGUAUGUGGCACAUGACCCAUGCAAAGGAAUGUGCUGUUAGAAUGCCAUCCCAGAGAGAGAGAGUUGUUGAUUUUCCACAGGAGGCAGAGAGGCAGCACCUGUUGGAUGAGUUGCCAAAGGAUCCAUUGAAUGGUGUGGUAGCAAUGCAGCAGCAGCAGAGAGAGUGAAGAGGCAGGAAGGCAGUACUUCCCAACAUAUACAUAUUCGUACAGCACACAGACAGUGCAAAUUGGUGGAAGCAAAGUGGUGCAGAAUUGGGGCUGGGUUGGGUUGAAGAAGAGAUUAAAAAGGGCAUGAAAUUGAGAUAAUGGCAAAGAAAAAGAAUCUGAAGAAGGGUAGUGGUGGUGAUGGUGGUAGUGGUGGUGAUGGUGAUGGUGGUAGUGGUGGUGAUGGUGAUGGUGGUAGUGGUAGUGGUGGUGGUAGUGGUAAUAGGGGUAGUUUUGCAGAUGCAGAAUUGGGCACUGAGAUGGGGAGCUCCUGCUACUUUAAGGAGCCCAGUGCACGCCUCACUGUGGUGGAGGCCCAGGGAAUGCAGCUCCACCAGGAAGGCAACCUUCAGCAAGCCCUGCUCCUGGCCAUGCAGCAAUUGGCACUUGCCAAGCUGUGCUGUGAAGACCGGGAGCUUGCGCUGGCCAAGGCCCGUCUCCACCUCAGCAAUGUCUAUUAUGACAUGGGUCUUGGAGAUCAAGCACAUUUCCAUGCACACAAGGCAAUAGAAAACAUGGACCUUAUUAAAAUAGGUGAAGAUAUGAACAAUGAGAUGACAAUCUCCAUCCUUGUAGCAGAUGCCAAGGCCAUGAUCCUCCGUGGUGAUCCUAAUUGUGUGAAUUAUCUACAAAGAGCUUUGGUGAUGAACCAUAAACUUCAUGGGGUUAAUCAUGAUUCAAACUUUCAAAUUCAUGAGGGAUUUGGUGACUUCUAUGUGAAUCUUGGAGAUAGUAGGAUGUUAUAUGAAGAAACCCAACUAAAAAACAAGAAAGACAAAGACAAGAUCAAUAAGACUGAUGAUUAUAGCAAAGCUCUAGAUGAGUAUGCUACGGCUUAUGAAAAAAUAGCAGGUAAUGGUAAAAAAUCAAUUGCAUUUCAAGAAGGUGGAUCUAAGGAUGCAAGGCUGGGAAACAUGUUUGGAAAAGUAGCUGAGCUUCUUAGCAAGCAAGGUAAAGAAGAGGACGCAGCUGUUGUAUAUGAAAAAGCAAUAGCUUGCUUGAAGAAUGCAUCUCCAACAAACAACUACAAACUAGCACAAAUGUACUACAAAUUAGGAGUUACUUAUCACAAACAUAAGAAAUAUGUCCGUUCAAUGGCAUCCUUACAAGCAUCCAUUGAAUGGUGUAAAGAAGGCAACAAAGACCAUGAGCUUCUUUUGUUAUUGGUAAAAAAACAACAAGCAAUUUCUUUGUAUGACAACAAUGAGGUUAACAGUGCCAAAGCUAAAUUUGAAGAACUCUUGGAACUCGAAAGGAAAGAAUAUGGAGGAAGUAGUGUUAUUAUUGCUGAGACUUUGAAAUACUUGGGUGAUGUACAUGUGGCAUUGAAAGAUAAGACACAAGCAGCAAAGCAUUACAGUCGUGCAUUGCAUAUCUUGAGGAAACAACUGGGACCAAUUGACAAAACUGUAAAACAGUUUGAACAAUACAUCAAACAACUCAAUCUAUAACAUGAAAAGCAUUAAAAAGAAUGCAAAACCUUGAAUGAGUUUUGAAAAGAUUUAAGUUCUUUCUAUUUAAUCCUUUUCUUCAA